AAAAAAUUUGAGGAUACAAUUAAAGAAUGCACAAAAGCAUUGGAGCUAAACGCUAGCUACAUAAAAGUUUUGCUUAGAAGAGCAGAGGCACAUGAAAUGUUGGAACAUUUCGAAGAAGCCAUUGCAGAUAUAACAAAAGUUUUGGAAGUUGACCCAUCACAUGACCAAGCUAGAAGACAGAUUGUUCGCUUAAAGCCAUUGGCAGAUGAAAAGCGCGAAAAGAUGAAGGAAGAAAUGAUUGGGAAGCUGAAGGAAAUGGGAAAUUCCCUUUUGGGUCGAUUUGGAAUGAGUGUUGACAAUUUCAAAGCUGUCAAAGAUCCAAACACUGGUUCAUAUUCUGUUUCAUUUCAGCGCUAGUAUGGAUAUCCUGUACAAACGUCAAUAUAUACUCUCUUAGUUUCUGGCGCCAUGGAUCAGAGAGACAAAACGUUGAUGAAGGGUAUUGUGUCACAAUGCUGCUUUCCGGCAUAUGAUUAUGUUUGUACAUUUGACUCUAUUUAAAAAAAUGUUGGAAGAUAUUUGGGCAUGACAUAGAUGUGUCAAUGUUUGAGUUUACUGGAAUUUGUUCAUA